AUGGCGCAAGACGCAUCAUCACCAACCCCCCCGGCUCCGGCUGCGUCGUCCACCCCGUCUACCGCCCCCAAAGAAGUCGUCAACGACCCCUCCCGGACCGGCUUCGACCCCCAGAUGAAGUGGUGGAUGAACUACUUCCGCAUCCUCUCCGGCCAGAUGACCCCCGAGGGCCAGUUCCACUACCGCGAGUGGCGCUACAAGGUCCACGAGGAGCGCGACUGCAAGCGCUGCGAGGACUACCGCGACUGGCUCUUCACCUACUCCCCCGUCGUCCGCUUCCUCUCCGGCAAGAUCCAGGACCUCAACGGCAAGCUCGACGCCUCCAACGUCCUCUGCCGCCGGUGUCCCGCCCGCCUCGAGGACGACGGCCAGGUGCAUCGCCAAUCCGGCGGGUUCAGUCCGAACCACGGCAUCUUGAUUUGCGCAAACGAGAUUCGGGAUAGGAAGCACUUGGAGGAUACGCUGGCGCAUGAGAUGGUGCAUGCGUGGGAUCAUCUCAGGUGGAAGGUGGACUGGACGGGUGACAAGGACUUGAAGCAUGCUGCGUGCACAGAGAUCCGCGCAUCGAUGCUCAGCGGGGAGUGCCGUUGGACCAGAGAAGCCCUCACCCGCGGCAACUGGUCUCUUACCCAGCAGUUUCAAAACUGCGUUCGCAAAAGGGCCAUCCAAUCAGUCAUGGCUCGGCCGAGAUGCAAAGACGACGUGCAAGCGACAAAAGUGGUCAACGAGGUCUGGGACUCGUGCUUCUCCGACACAAGACCGUUUGACGAGGUGUACAGGUGAAAAUCGAAUGCUUUGUAGAUAUAGACCCUAUGAUGUACGAUAAACGUGAUAGCACCAGCGCAGCUCUGGCGUAUGACACUCAGCUUGUAUGUAACUUUCAGUGUAAUUCAAAGAUACCCCGAAA